AACAUCCACCCACCUAUACCUCCCAAGUCCCCAACCCGCCACCCACAUCUCGAAACUCAACCUCCAUCAAUUCAUCCCAUAUACCCAAACCACUCAAGCAGCUACAACCCCCCCCAUCACCACCAUGGCGUCCUACGAAGUCGAGCACAACAUCCAACCCACCACCACCCCCUCCACGUCCCGCCGCCCCGACAUGUCCACCUUCUUCUCCAAGCUCUCUCAAAUCAAUCUCGACCCCCUCACCCACAACAACCCACACGCACAACCCACCCCCGUCGACAUGCGCGCCACCUUCUCCCUCCUCGCCGAUUCCUACUAUCAAAUCCGCUCCACCACCUCCGGCCCCCCUGCGGAGCUCUUGACUUCCCUGAUUACCGAGUUAGAAGAAACGGCUGAUAGUCCGCCGAAGGAGGUGGAGGGGGUGAGUCAGGCGUUUUUGGACAGCUUGGAGAGGGUGGAUAGGAAGAAGUUGAAGGAAGAGAGUUGUCCGAUUUGUGGAGAGAGGUUUAGGGACGAUGAGUACCCCCUCGUGGUGGUGUUGCCGUGUCAUCCGGGGCAUUGGUUUGAUCUCGAAUGUGUGGGGCCGUGGUUGAGGUUGAAGGGGACGUGUCCGUUGGAUCGGAAGGCGGUGGGGGAGAGGAAGAAGGUUGUGGUUGUGGAGGAUAGUGAGGAGGAGGAUUAUGAUGAUAUGAUUGCGUAGGUUGGCGGGAUGGGAUUUUUGAUACCAGAUUGGGGGGGUUGGUGGUGGAGUGGAGUGAGGUUGGCGUGGGAUGGAGUUGGGGGUUUGAUACUGCAAUGCAAGAAAUUGUAUCUCUCAUUUAAGAUGUGCUCAGAUAUUCAUUUUACGCUGCCUAUGGUGAGUGCAACAUAGAUCCACUCCCCUAUAUAACCCUUCCCAACACCCACCCUCCUCCCCCCAAACCCCUUCUCACCAGCAUCAACCCAUCCCCUCCACUCAGGACUCUACUUCUUCGCCGGCGGCGGCGGAAACAUCCCCGCCCACCCCCCAUCCGGAUUAUCGUGUCCGCCAUCCUCCCCCCAAUACGCCGCCGGCCCAGCAAGCGCAUCCCAAUUCGCCGCCCCAUCAACCCCCAUCACCAUCCACGCCAAAAUCCCAUCCUCAGUCCUCUCCCCCAACAGCACAUAAUCAAAAAACGGAUCCACCACCUCCGUCGCACUAGGUCCAAUCCACACAUCCUCCUCAUUCGUCGUCAGCGGGAGCGUAUUCGUAUUAUACGGCUCCGCAGCCUCCACAACAGCGCGAAGCGAGGCGUCGAAAUAGAGUUGUCCGAUGUGCGAGACGUGGCCGCCGGUGUAGGUGCCGUUGGGGAGGAGGGUGCCGCCGGUGUGGGUGAGGACGUGUUGGUGGGUUGCGCGAUUCCAGUAGUGGCCGGGGAAGAUUGUGGUGAAUUGCACGACGCCUUCGGAGUCGGUUUGCUGGACGCCGCGGAGGAAUGUGGUGUUGAGUCCCGAGUACUCUGUCGGGUCGCUGACGCCGGAGUACUGCCCAGUGGAGUUAGCGGACCAGGUAUCGACGAUGAGGUUCGCGGGACCGCAGGUGGAGGUGUCGAUGAAUUGCCAGUCGAGGUAUAGCGGGACGCCGGGUUGGUCUUCGGCGAUAUUGGUGCGGAGGAGCUCUUGCGCGACGAAGUAGGGGCCCGUGGCGCCUUCGGGGGUGAGGAUGCAGGGGG